AUGAACAAGUUGAUUGACUUAGGUGUUGAUCACUCUAUCAUCCCUACUAUCUGCAGCUUCCUUUCCAACAGAGCGCAGACUGUCCGCCAUCAUGGGAAAUCAUCUCAACAACAAGCCAUCACCUGUGGGGUACCCGAAGGUACUUGCCUCGGACCGGUCCUGUUGUUGGUCAUUAUCAACGAUGCAGCUGUUGAAAGUGAUAACCGCUGGAAAUAUGUGGAUGACUUGACAAUCGUGGAGGUCUUGAAGAAAACGCAUCCAUCUGAGUUGCAGUCGCAUCUAGACUCCUUGAUCCAAUGGUGCAAAGACAAUGACGUUGUCCCGAAUGCUGAUAAUUGUAAAGCUAUGCAGAUUUCAUUUCUUCACCAACCCCCGCCACCCAUCGUUUUUUACAUCAACUCUAACACACUGGAAGCUGUCUCAUCCAUUAAGCUCAUAGGGGUCUUCCUUCAGGAUGAUCUCAAAUGGGAUGGGCAGGUCAGCCGUUUGAUCUCUAUCGCUUCCAGAAGACUUUAUCUCCUGACUAAGCUUCGGAGAAAUGGUGUUACCACCAAGGAUCUUGCUACUAUAUACAUUUUGUACAUCAGAGGUCAAACGUCGAGGCAAACACUUGGAUUCGAUGACGUCAUCAUCAAAGUAGCAAACGCCGUAUCAGAUGAUGGUAAUGUAAUGAGACUUGGUGUUGAGCUGGGAGUCCAGAUUCCUGAUAUCAACCGGGCAUUGGAGACAAAUUGGGCUGGAGGUAGAAAGACCAGUAAUGGUAAUGUGAUGCUGCUUCAGAAUUGGGCAGAGACGGUCAAACCAUCCAAGCAACUUCCCAUGCUUAGAGCUGCUCUCCAGGCGGUGGGCUUCAAAGAAAUAGAGGAGACGUGUCUGCAAGGAAAAGGUGAACAGGGUGAGAUGCCUGACAAAGUACAACGAUUAAGAGAGAAGUUACAGGAUAGAUAUAUCGAAGAAUUUAGCGAGGUCAAAGUAUCUCCUAUGGACCCCGAGUCACGCACAUGGCUGCAGCAUAUCUACGUCAGUCUCAUUUUAAUGUUAGGGUGUACAAAACAUCGAUAUGAGGAUCUGUUCAAUUUCAUUACAAAAAAGACUGAGAAAGGAUUUAUAACACGGUUAGCCUUUCUUGGAGAAGCUGGUGUGGGCAAAUCGACAUUAUUUGCAAAAAUAGCCCUCGAUUGGGCGAUGGGUAAAUGUCUCCAAGAUAUCACUCUUCUCUUUCACGAAUCAUUUCGAGACAUAGAAGAUAGCUCCAUCUUUGGUGAUAUCGUUAUGAAUCAUUUCCCAGAUGACACAGAGAUUAACGGGGAAUGGAUUGAUAACUACAUCAAGGAGAAUCAAAGGAAAGUUCUGAUCUUACUGGACGGACUGGACGAGGCUAAAAUGGACAUAAAAUGUCAAAACCGUAAACUUGCUAUCGUCUCGAUCGCAAGAAGGGAGAGAUUCAUUAACACAUCCGUUCUCAUUAGUUCACGUCCUUUUGGAGCUGAUCAAAUCAAGAGCAUUCCGAAAAUCCAUGAAAAGUACUCCUACAUUCUUGUUAAGGGUUUUACGAAGGAAAACACAUAUGAAUACAUCAAACAGUAUUUCAAAAGUGACACAGCUUCUGCAUCCAGUCUCAUCCACUUCAUCAACUCUAACAGUUUCGUUUCUGAGUAUAUGGCACCAUUCCCAAUCUUUUGCUGUAUGCUGUGUUACAUGUGGGAAGUAGAAUCUAAGCGCAAAACAACUGAGAAGCUACAAACAAUCUCCCAACUAAUGACAGAGAUUGAUUUCGCUCUGAGGGAACAAUAUUCUUCAAGAUACACUGACAGAGAGGGAGGGUAUCAAUGCCAUAUGGAGAAGGCUGUUGAAGCCAUUACAAAGGUUGGUCGUGUGGCCUUCGAGGGGUUGCUGAAAAAUCAGCUCAUCUUCACCAAAGAGGAAAUGGAAGCCUGCGGUGAGGCUGCAGCAAUAGCAUGUCAAGUUGGGAUUCUGAGUGGGAAAAAGAGGUUGGCCUCAAAGGAAAUCAGACAACAAGAGGGAAAGCAAUUCGUUCAAGAGUUCUGUUUCCCUCACAAGCUUCUGCAGGAACACACCGCAAGCCUUUACCUUGCAUCGCUAUUUAACUACAAUCGUCCCGAAUUCAACAGAAUCUUAACACACAAGCUGUUAACGGACUACAGGGCAUUCGAAAAUGUCUUGUGCUUCACUGCAGCUCAUGGAGGUGAAGUAGGAACGUCGGUCCUUGAAGCCCUAUGCAAGAACGUUGAUGACAUGGAGUUCAUCAUUCAGUGUGCUUUUGAAUGUCAUGAUACAAAAGCCAUUGGUCCCGUCAGGAACCUGCUGAAUACGGAGACACGUCUUACGUUAGCUUCUCAAUGGGAUUCAACUCCAAUCGCCGCUUUAUUCUUCACACUGGAACCAAUAGGGAAGGAAGUAAUUGAGGAGCUACAGCACAAACACGCAGAUCUGGGUUCUGCUGCAUCCUCUCAUUACGCGAGAGGUCUCUGCUCCAUGCCAAAACUUCGAUCACUGUAUCUAUACUGGGUGAAGAUGAGUGAUGAGUUCUACUCAACGAUGGCCACUGAUGCAUCAAAAUCAAAGGUUGAGGAGCUAACGCACGAGACCGCGGAUCUGGGUUCUGCUGCAUCCUCUCAUUACGCGAGAGGUCUCUGCUCUAUGCCAAAUCUUCGAUCACUGAAUCUGGACGAGGUGACGCUGAGUGAUGAGUUCUACUCGACGAUGGCCGAUGAGGCAUCAAAAUCAAAGAUUGAGCAGCUAAAGCACACGGACGAAGAUCUGAAUCUGGGUUCUGCUGCAUCCUCUCAUUACGCGAGAGGUCUCUGCUCUAUGCCAAAUCUUCGAUCACUGGAUCUGGACGGUGUAGGGCUGAGUGAUGAGUUCUACUCGACGAUGGCCGAUGAGGCAUCAAAAUCAAAGAUUGAGCAGCUAAAGCACCAUGACGCAUAUCUGGGUUCUGCUGCAUCCUCUCAUUACGCGAGAGGUCUCUGCUCUAUGCCAAAUCUUCGAUCACUGAACCUGGACUCUGCGGGGCUGAGUGAUGAGUUCUACUCGACGAUGGCCAGGGAGGCAUCAAAAUCAAAGACUCGUCAAAUAACCUCAGUAGAUGAGCUGUCUGUGUAUGGUAAGCAUGUGACCAGUCUGUGGAAUCUUGGACUUCAUACUUCAUGUCCCCGAGUUCAAAACCUCCAACUGGACUGGUCUGCCAAGGAGAAUGUCUCAUCAAACAUCGUCACAAUGGCCUGCUCUCCAUUCCAUCAUCUAACUCAUCUUCACAUCCGGGGACAAAUACAUACUAGACUGAAUGAUCCCAUGUCAUUUUGCAAGGCAGUGACAACAUCAUGUCCUGGGCUCACCAAGCUGUCCAUAAACCGCAUUGGCCUGUUCAACGAGAAGGCAGCUGAGAUUAUCCAACUCAUGAAGACCCAUCCAAACCUGACAAGCAUAGAGUUGGAUUGGUGUUGUACCAACGCGGAUCUGGAUCCACUAAUUGCUGAGGUAAACAGUGAAGGCAAGCUGACUGUCACCGUGAAGCAUCAUGGGGUCAAGAAAGCAAUUGCCCACAAUGUCAUUGGUAGACUAAAAUAUGAUAACGAGUCAGGAAGUUCCAUCUUGAAAAAGGGACGUCUGGAUUCACUGAAAGUUUGCUUGAUCUGUUUGGAACAGCAAACAUAA